AUGAAUGGUGCCGACGGUCACGGUGGUCCUCCGGGGGCAGUCUCUGCUGAUGAGCGUUUUGAUCAGUUGCAGCGACAACUUCGUGAAGUUUCUGAAAAUGUUGAUGGCCUGCAGGAUGUGCCUCGUAUCGAUCGUUUGCGUAGGCUUCCCCGUUUUAUUUCUAAUGAUCCUGAAUUUUGGUUCGUUCAGAUUGAAUCCGCGUUUAGCAAUUGUCGUAUUACUACUGAAGCAACGAAGGCCCACCACAUUAUUGCUGAACUUGAUCCCGAAUUUUUGAUUUGCGCGCGCGAUAUUAUUUUAACUCGCCCUGAGCCUGCAAACAUUUUUACUUUAAUUAAAAAUAGAUUAGUCGCUACUUAUUCCAUUUCUACUGAGGCUCGUCUUCGUCAGCUUCUCAAGGGAGAUAUUUCAACAGACGGAAAACCGUCUUUGAUCCUGACUCGAUUGCGAAGUUUAGGUGAUACACACUGUAGCGAGGAAGUUAUCAGGUCUGUUUUUCUCGACCAAUUACCUUCUUCUACGCGUGCCAUUUUAGCAGCUUCUAAUGUCGUUGGUCUACAGGAUUUGGCGGUUCUUGCUGAUAAGGUCUUUGAGGCGUCUAAUUUGUCCAGUUCUUGUUCUGCUGUCAGCUCAGGAGUCACUCCUUCUUCUGCAUCGAAUAGCUGCACUCUUUUAACCAUUGAAACUCAAAUCAACGAUCUUGUUGCUCGGGUUAAUGCAUUGAGUACCAGGUCUUCUCGUGGCGGAAAUGAUCGUUCGCGUUCGGCAUCUCGUGGUGAUCAUCGGGUCAGCUGGAAUCCUUCGUCUUCUCGUGGUGAUAAGCUAAUAACUGUUGGUACCAUCAUAAACAAAAAAUAA